AUGAAGUCUUCGAUUGCGAUGAUCAUCGGCCUCAUGGCCUCAAGCUGCGGUACUGCGAUGUCUACGUUCACUGUCUUAAUGUACACGGACAGCAGGUUCGAAGAUUACGUUGGCCAAGUUGCUUUCGAUUCCACAGAUCGCUGCUAUCCGGUGUGUACCGACACCGAGGCUGUGGCUGCUUUUCUCUGGGAUGGCGAGCCUCGAGGAGCGCAGCUUAUAGUUUUUGAGGACGUCGAGUGUCGUGGUCGAUAUGUUGCAGGAGACAAGAAACACGAUGCCGAGUUCUCUGUAGUGGCCUCGGGACGUAAGGUUCGAUCGUUCAUCCUAUCGACUACGGGGAGUGUUACGCCCACACGAGGCAUCGUACACUCCUGCGACGAGAAGAGCGACAUCGUGUACAAAACGUAUAACGAUACGGCGUCUUUAAUGUGA